AUGAAGAGGACGACAACAGUGAGCCGCCGUCUGACAGCCAAGGGAAGCUCGCUGACAGCUGUGGGCUCCCGUAUUCUCACCAAGAGCUUUUUUAGCACACGCCAACGUCCAGUGUUGCGUGCAGAUGAUGCGCCGCUCCUUUCCAUGAACUUCUGCGGAGAGCUGAUGCGUCCACAUACCACCAUCACCUGGAACGGUCAUGACGUCACCAGCGAGGCUCAGUUCGCCCAGUUCACCAGAAGCGCGGCCGUCCACAACCAGGGUGAACUGGGCGAGCUGAGCCUCGCGGGCGAGCUGAGCUUCGCUGGUGACGUCAUGGCUGUUCCAGGUGAUGGUGGUAUGUGGACGCAUCAGCUCUCCGCAGAAGUUCAUGGAAAGGACCGGCGCAUCAUCUGCACGCAAAGCGGCGGCGGCGGCGGCGGACCGGAUCCCAACUCGACAAAUUUACGACCACCGGGCUCAAGCUACGACGCGUGGUGCGGGGUGGCCCACGGGUGUACCAGAAAACUGGGCAUGAAGAUCUGCGGGUUUCUGCAGAAGAACAACAACCUGGAGGAGAGGGGCAGGAUCGUGGGCUCGCUCAAAGAGCGCUCGUCCAACGCGUCGCUGUCACGCGACAACAGCGACCGGGACUCGCGUUUCAGACGCACCGAGACGGACUUCUCCAAUCUCUAUGCCAGAGAUUUAUUGCCUGCCAAGAAUGGAGAGGAACCGACCAUGCAAUUCUUGCUGGAGGUCGUGGACAUCCUCACAAACUACAUCCGGAAGACCUUUGACAGAUCCACCAAGGUGCUGGACUUCCACCACCCCCAUCAGCUGUUGGAGGGCAUGGAGGGCUUCAACCUGGAGCUCUCCGACCAGCCGGAGUCUCUGGAGCAGAUCCUGGUGGACUGUAGGGACACGCUGAAAUAUGGGGUCAGAACAGGUCACCCCAGGUUCUUUAACCAACUCUCCACUGGAUUGGACAUGAUUGGGUUAGCAGGAGAAUGGCUCACUUCUGCAGCCAACACUAAUAUGUUCACCUAUGAGAUAGCGCCUGUCUUUGUACUCAUGGAGCAGCUGACUCUGAAAAAGAUGAGAGAGAUCGUUGGCUGGCCGGAUGGAGAGGGUGAUGGGAUAUUUUCUCCGGGAGGAGCAAUAUCCAAUAUGUACAGUGUGAUGAUCGCCAGGUACAAGUUCUUCCCUGAAGUCAAGACCAAAGGCAUGACAGCAGCCCCAAGACUCGUCCUCUUCACCUCAGAGCACAGCCACUACUCCAUCAAAAAAGCCAGUGCAGCCCUGGGCUUUGGAACAGAGAACCUGAUCCUUCUGAAAACCGACGAGAGGGGGAGAGUAAUUCCUGCUGAUUUGGAGGCCAAAGUCAUACAAGCCAAGCAGAAGGGGUACGUGCCAAUGUUUGUGAAUGCCACAGCUGGUUCCACAGUCUACGGGGCGUUCGACCCUAUUAAUGAGAUUGCAGACAUCUGUGAGAAGUACAACAUGUGGCUUCAUGUGGAUGGUGCGUGGGGAGGUGGUUUGCUGAUGUCCAGAAAACACAGACACAAGCUGAGUGGAGUUGAGAGGGCCAACUCAGUCACCUGGAACCCGCAUAAGAUGAUGGGCGUCCCACUGCAAUGCUCUGCCAUUCUAGUCAGAGAGAGGGGGAUACUACAAGGUUGCAAUUCCAUGUGUGCUGGCUACCUCUUCCAGCCAGACAAACAGUAUGACGUGACGUAUGACACAGGCGACAAGGCCAUUCAGUGUGGACGGCAUGUUGAUAUCUUCAAAUUCUGGCUUAUGUGGAAAGCGAAGGGGACUGUUGGAUUUGAACAGCAUAUUGACAAGUGCCUGGAUCUGUCGGCCUAUCUCUAUAAUAAAAUCAAGAACCGUGAGGGCUACGAGAUGGUGUUCGAGGGAGAGCCGCAGCAUACUAAUGUAUGCUUCUGGUACAUUCCACCAAGCCUGCGUGACAUGCAAGACAGCCAAGAGAGGCGAGAGAGGUUGCACAAGGUGGCCCCCAAGAUCAAAGCCAUGAUGAUGGAAUCUGGCACUACCAUGGUUGGUUACCAGCCUCAAGGAGACAAGGUCAACUUUUUCCGCAUGGUCAUCUCCAAUCCUGCAGCUACCAGGUCUGAUAUCGACUUCUUGAUCGAUGAGAUUGAGCGACUGGGGCAUGAGUUGUAAGCAGCACACCUGUAUUGUGAAAGAUGCAGCCCGUGUUAAAGUAUUUUUGUCUUUUCCAACUCUGAAAGCCCUUCGGCUUGGCUUACAUUCCCCUUUCAGUGGAUUUGAUCCGUUAGGUAUUUCCAGACAACAUGCAAGUUCACGCUCCUUUUUUUUUUUUCUUUUUUUUUUAAUUUCAAGUCAAACCUU